UCAGCUCAGUGGAAGCGAGCAGCGUGGAUAGAGGACACCGCAGACUGGGCUCUUUUUCUCUCGCUAUCGUUCAUGGAAUAAAAAAAAUGUUUAAAGUUUUUUUUGUUUUUUUACCCGGAUCAAAACUCUUAACAGGAGUUUAAAUGAAGUGUUUUAACCCAAAUUCCUCCUGUUAGGACAGCUCACUGGCUUCCAGCUGAGGAGUAAACAUGAAAAGUUUGCUCUUUGUCACCUUGUGUCUGUCAACCUGUCCGUUCACGGUUGACGGCCGACAUCCAACCUGUAACUUCCUGCUGGAGGUGGAGAGAGACCAGGCCGAGUGCAUAAAGAAGCUGAGGGAGAAGCAGGCCAACAGCAGCUAUAAAGGCCCCGGAUGCAAAGGAGACUGGGACAGCAUAGCAUGCUGGGAGCGAGCGGAGUUUGGAGAGACCGUGACCAUCCCCUGCCCUCGAGUCCUCAGGACUGUGUUUGGCAGAGAUGGUAACAUUAGCAGAAACUGUACAACAGCUGGAUGGUCUGAUGUUUUCCCAAACAUAACCAGUGUGUGUGGGGCAGACACGAGCCAGGAUAAGCUGUUCUUCUACGUGGUCGUGCAGACGUUGUACACUCUGGGUCACAGUCUGUCUUUAAUUGCCCUCACUACAGGGUGCGCUAUCCUCUGCCUAUUCAGGAAGCUCCACUGCACCAGAAACUACAUCCACCUCAAUCUCUUCGUCUCCUUCAUUCUGAGAGCCGUGGCGGUGUUGGUGAAAGACGACAUCCUCUUCAACCGAAACUCGCACUGCUCAAACCAGCCAUCACUGGUGGGAUGUAAAGCCAGCCUGGUGUUUUUCCAGUAUUUCAUUAUGGCCAACUUCUUCUGGCUGCUGGUGGAGGGUUUGUACCUCCACACUCUGCUGGUUGUCAUUUUCUCGGAAAAUCGACACUUUAUUGUCUACAUGUUCAUCGGCUGGGGAAUCCCCACUGUGUUUGUGUCUGCGUGGGUGAUAACGAGGAUUUAUCUGGAAGACACGGGGUGCUGGGAAACAAAUGACCAACCCAUACCCAACUGGGUGAUCAACGGACCAAUUGGAUUCUCCAUUAUGGUAAACUUCAUUCAGUUCAUCUGCAUCAUUCGGAUCUUGGUUCAGAAGCUGAGGUGUCCUGACGUGGGCGGCAAUGACCAAUCACAGUACAGGAGGCUGGCCAAAUCCACACUCCUGCUGAUUCCUUUGUUUGGCAUCCACUAUGUGGUCUUCGUGACUCUCAGUGAAUCCAUCGCAGAAGAUUAUAAAAUAUUUUUUGACCUUGCCCUUGGAUCUUUUCAGGGUCUGGUCGUGGCGAUUCUCUACUGUUUCCUGAACAGUGAGGUUCAAGGUGAGCUAAAAAGAAAAUGGCGGAGCAUGUGUCUGAACUGUCGUCUGAGCAGGAAUCGCCACAACAACACCUUCGCCUCCAGAAACGGUUCACAGCACAUGGUGCAGUUUCACAGCAACUCCAGAACCCAGUCCAUUCUGCAGACAGAGACCUCGGUGCUGUGAGAACACGAGGUCUUUGACACACAAACAAACAUACAAAAACACAAAAAAAUGCAGUCUUAAGAUUGACCUGGGUCCAAUAGUUUUACAAAGUUAUUAGGAAAAUACAAAAAAGUAGUACUUUGAGAUGAAGUACCACAAGGGUGGGACCUGCACAUCAUUGUAGUGCAGAUUUUGGUUUUAGCUUUACAAAUCUCUGCAAGCCUUCAAGUUUCUCAUUAGUGGAUCAAAAACUUUUCAGAUCUGUCCAGUGAGGUUUACCGUGUUUGCUGCUAAGAGCCUUUUUUUUUUUUUUUGCAGUCUUUAUGCUAUGAUGUCUGCUGCGUGAGCAGAGAAAAACAUGUGCAACGUCCUUAUACUGUUUUACCUGGAGCUUUGUGCACAGAUGAGAUAUAAAAUGUAUAUACUUGAAUGUUGCAUGCAUUGAAAUCUAUAUUUUUGAACAAACAUACGUGUAAUAGAAACAGCAGGAUCUAGGUGCUGCAGACUUUAAAUUGGCACUUGCAAAAAGUGCAAAAAACCCCCCCCCCCAAAAAAACAGAACCAUUUUUGCCAUCUUUAACAGAAAGAAAAACAGGUGAUUGUUUCAGUAUACAAAUCUUUAUAUAACUGCUGCCUGCUGUGCGAUUUAACACCGCUGGUAAUACUGUGCUGCAGUCUUACCAGCUGUCAUUUUGGAGCCAUGCUGUAAAAUAUAAUAGAUUGGCUAUGGGAAACCUUGCAAUACCUUUUUGUUUGAUACUGACCUAAAAUUCAUGGUAGCCGUGUCAGGAUUUAGUUUCCAGAACGUGCAUGCUGUAUGCAAUAACGCAGCAAAAUGGCAGUCCUGUCAUUAAAUCCCGCAAAACUACUCACCUUAGUUCUUAUAUGUUUUCAAUCCUUUUCCAUGUGCCUCCUGUGUUCUCCCAGCCUUAUCACAGGUGUCUGUGUGAGUUUGUUCCUCACCCUGUUUCAGUUUAAUCUUUUUUAAUUUCCUAUUCUCAUUAUUGUCUUGAUUGAGUCCAUCUGUUCCCUCUCCAUGGUGUUUGUCUUAGAAAAACAGACUCUUAGCCUCCAAAUGUUCUCCUGUUGUUUGGUGCUCCUGGCUGGCUGUCACUCUGUAAAGCACCUUAAGUUAUCAAAUUCCUGAUUAAAGCCUCUUCUGUUUCACCACCCUCCUGUCAGUUGCUGUUGUGUUUGCAUACUGGGUCCUAAUGGGAAUAUUUCCAAAAAUCUGUGAGAAAUGCUGGUGUCCAAACCCAACUUUAACACAGCAUUUGCUUCCAGUACCAAGUCAUUGUUGUUGCCUUUUUACCACAGCUGUCUCCAAACCCAAACUUGGGCAUAUGUUAUCCGUUUUGGAGACCAUGGGUAGUACAUUUAUUAUCAUUUAAAUAGAAAAACUUGGUUAUGUAAAUUUAAAAAAAAAUAAAAUCGAGUUGUAAAAAAUUGAUUUGUAAAUAUUUUUUUAAACAUUAGGUUUUACUUAUAGUAUCUCUGGCUGUUCUUUUAAUAAGCUUCUCCUAGUUUUUUCAAACCAUUUCAAAUAAAGGUCAGUUUUAAUGAUUGAUUUUUUACAAAUAUACAGGGAAAGGUGACAACUUGUCACUUCAGUGAAUCAUUUACUGGUCCACAGUGGCCACACCCACCCAUUUGACACUUAAAAUUACUGGUAAGAAUAAGUCGAAAAUGCAUUUUGACCCAGGUCAGCACAUGAGCUCAGUGUUUCUGGGCUUAUGGUUAAAAACAAAACAAAACCACUGGUAAACACAGGGUUGUUUUGUACCAAUUUUAAUCCAAACUGUUCUCCAAAACACUUUCAUUUUAAUGCACAGUCAACAAACUGCUGUCACUGAGAAUUCCUGAGCAUGCUCCAAACUCUUCAUCCAUGCUCUGAUGCUUUUGGCACAGUGCUCGGUGACCUGUUCUAAAGACACAACACAGACGAGCACUUUAAAGAUGUCAUUUAAUUAACAAGAUGGCGUGUUCGUGAGAGCCUGUGUUGGGAAAUAAUGUUGUCUUUAAAAUUACUUACAUAAAAAGAGGUUUAUAUGAUAGAAAUUCGCUUCAAAACACAUUUAAUGUGUUUCAGCAGAAGAACCUCCAGGCUGUCACCACUUAAUGCAGAAGUGCCUGGUGGAUACAAGUAACUAUGAAAUGUUUUACUUUAUGUUGGUUUUAUUCAUGCAACCAGUGUUUUGUGGUAGUUGCAUGAAAUCCUCAGUGUUUGACUUUUUUUGAUUGCUUUUGGUAAACGGCUGUUAACGUGUGAUUUCUUGUAGAUUCUAAUUGUAUAUUUUGUCAAGACAAAAGGCGAAAAAAUGAAAACUUUUGCUUUUUGCAAUGUGCUAUAUUUUUCUUUAACAUGUUGUAUUUAAUGGUCAGCACAAUACAAAAAGUUCUGGUGACACUUGAUUUAAGGCAUACAGAAUUAUUUUUAGUAGUUUCCUCUUCAAACCUUUAAUUUAAGUGUAUGUGUGUGUCCCUAUAUUUUAAAUCAGCAUUCACUUCUUGCGUUGUGUCACAAAAUAUAGUUAAUAAAAUACACAUAAACAUCGAGGUAAAGUCAUACUUGCAGCAGCAAGUAAUCUGGUCCAUAAAAUUUGAAGAAGGAGAUCAGAUAUUUGUCCAAACUUAUUUCAAUGUGUUUUGCAGGGUGAACAACACUGAGGCAGAGGCGAUUCUUGAAAUUUCCCUGUUUUGUUUUUAAAGCCAUUAUUAUUUAUUACAUUUUUAUGGUAUCCUCUGCAUAUCAGCAGAUGAUACAAAAUACUAUAUAUUACAUUACUAGGAAUGUAUGAGGCUUUACUCUUUCAAGAAUUAUUUUGGGGAUUUUAUUCAUGCUUUUAUUUUAUGGGAACUUAUUAGACAGACAGGGAGAUGCCUAAAGAGAAGACUUGCAGCAUGGAUUCACUGUCUAUGGUGCAAAUGGUGCUUUGUUAAAAAUUUGGAAAGGAACAGAAAAGGAAAUGACAAAAAAAGCGGGGGCAAAAAGAUAAAGCAUGUUUGAAUAGUAUAGAUAACGACAACUGUGUUCUUCAUGGUAACAUGUCUUUGUAGUUUCUUAGUAAUCCACUUCAUGGUAGUUUUAAGUACUUGGAUUUAGUUACCUUGGAUUACUGGAUUACUUUUUGAUUUGUGAAGAAAUAUCAUCCCUCUGUUUCGUCAUUGUCAUCCACCUACAACCAGUCAGAUGCAUGGUACAACAUAAAGAGCCAGCUCAACAGGACAGACUCAUCUGUGUCUGUGACAGGAGUAAAAUAGGCCGUCUGUAUCUCCUGUAAACAGUUAGCACUAAACAGAGGUGGCGGCUUAAAACACCAGGUCUCAGUAACCUAGAAUGCAGUCUUAAGAACCCCACCAGGCAAUUCAUCCCACACUCCCAACUCAACCCAACAAGCGUCUUGAAAGAGAGAUGAAAUGUCCUCACACACCAAAACAAAAACACAGCAAUCAUUUAGUCUAAGAUAUUUAUUAACAGUUUUAGUAGCAGGUGGGUACAGGUGUCCAUACUAAGGUUUUAGCUCAGCUGCUGCUGAUUUUGUCAAAAAAUUAUUUGGUCCUUAAACAGAAACUAAAUAAGUAAAUGUUCCCACUUAACAAGCUGUACCUGGUCAUGUUUAAAUAACGAUUUAAACAUGUGAUCAUCUAUUGAAAUCAAUGUCGAUUAAUUUAACUAAACAACUUGUUUAAUUGUACAGAAAUUUCAGUUGUAAUUUCAAAACAAAGCUGUUGCCUUAAUGAAAGUGUUACCAAGUACCUUAAAAGAUGUCACUAUGUUACUCAGUGUGUCAUUUAACAUCUAUGUGACUACAAAUGAUUGAGAGUCUACAAAACCAUAUACAGCACACAGUGUUGACUUGCCGAGUGAAUUCAUAUUUAAUGUUGAUUGACAUGUUGCUACGAAUCAUGUCGCCUGAACACAUGUAUUUGUACUUAGACACCAUGAAUGUCAUGCAAAAGAUGAUUGAUAAAGGCUACCAUUGUAAGCAUUGCACUGUGUGAAUGUAACUCUCUGGAAAUUUGCAUUUUAUUUAAUAUUGCUUGUUUUACUGUCCUCUCAAUGAUAGGAACAUGAUUUCUGUGUGGUAACAUUUAUUACAUUGAAAAUUCUAGACACUUGGGCCAAACUUGUUUGCAGUUCAAAAUCAUUUGAAGUCACUGGGGUUGGCUUUAUCCAUUUCUUCCUUAAACUAAUCUGAACCAAAACCAUUCAAAAGCUUGCAAAUUGUGUAAUUAUCAUCAUUACUAAUAGCCUCAAGUGAUUCAAAGACUCUGAAAACUACUUUUAAAAUCUUUGAACCCAUUAUAGUAGCUACACCAGCCCAGACCUCGAGAGCUUUGGUCCUGCAGAUUUUAGAUGCAUCCCUACUCCAACACAGCUUAAUGAAAUGGUUGAAUUACCUCUUCAGCAGGCCAUCAAGUUUAGCAAAGGCCUGGUAACAAGCCAAUCAUUCGAUUCAGUUGUGUUGGAACAAGGAUGCAUCUUAAAGCUGAAGGAGAGUAGCUCUCGAGGACUGGAGUUGGAGACUCCUGAUCUACACAAUCUAAAGCGUAUCCCAGCAGUUGGUGGCCCCUUCAGUGCUGAUACCGUCUUCAUCUCAAACAGGAAUGAGCCUAGCUGUAUAAAUGUCGUGGAAGCUUUUAUUCCACCUGAGAACAGUAGCUACUGGCCUUAUUAUAAUUUAUUCAUUUUAGAGUCUAACUCAAGGCCAGUUCAUGGUUUCCAUGUUGAAGAGGCCACAUAGCCAGCUGUGAGGAAAUUCAUGCACAGCCCAAAUUUUGGGUCCUCAGAGGGAAACAACAGAAUAUGUGCCAAAAAACUUACAUAAAAACCUGGUUUUUGCACCACAUAAAUUUCCACCAUGUAUAUUUUAUUGAUGACACUUCCACAUCUUGUUUUCGGUUGCUAUUUGUGUGUGUGGUUGUGUCUGUCUCUUCUAGCAAUAUUGCACAUAAAAAAACAGGUUGUGCACCGUUACACCAUCAAAAGGUUAAAAUUUGAUGUGUUGGCUUCUUCAGCUCACACAAAGAGUGUACUUUAUGGUAUCCAUUUAUGGCAUAUUACAUUUUAUAAUGAAUUUUAAAAAUAUCCAGCCUUCACCAUAUUCACGAUAGACUCCUUUGCUAGUGCACAUAACAUGUUCAGAUCUGCUUGUUUGAGUUUAGUCCGCAGAAACCAUGAAUUGGUCUUUACCUUUACCUGUUUUCUUAUUUGGUACCCAAAUAAGCAGGCAGUUCUCCAUUGUGGUUCACAAAGCCCAAAAGAAGAUUCCUAAAAUGUUUUAAAGCAGUCUCUCCUUCAGCACAUUUCAAAUGUUGCAAUUAUUAUUAUUUUUAGCCUGUUGAAAACUCUUUUGCAGCUCAUUGUUGAUUGAUGUGGUUGGAAAUUAGUGACUGUUUUCUUUUAAAAGACAUCCGAACAUGUGACAAGGACAUUGAAAUGGAAGCACAGCUUGAAUGAAAAUUAAAAAAAAUAAACA